AUGGUGCCUAUGUUUAUCAGAGCUACACAGUUGAGCCCUGCUGUUAUUGAUAAGAUGGAUGUGCUUUCCCAGAAGAUCAUACCCAAAAUCGAUGGAAUUCGUUGUGUUAAGGAGAUUGCCACUGAGGUGGAGAUCGACGCGGAUUUGGUGAUGCGUUGUGUCAGGAAUUUACAUUUUUACGAAUGUGUCAGCUUGGUUCCACUAUUCUUGUACUCGAAUACGUAUGUUGCAACGGGAAAAGCUCAUGAGUUCUACAAUAAUCCAUCGGAAAUUCAG